AUGCAAGCAGCAGCAGCUGCAGCAGCACGGGAGCAGCAGCAGCAGCAGCUGCUGCUGCUGCUGCUGUGCUCCUCGUUAUCUCGCAGCUUUGCUGCGGGCACAUUGUGCGCUAUUCACGCUGGGGUGUACGUACGCCUCAGGCUGCCGCUGCCCCGGCACGCAGCAGCAGCAGCAGCAGCAGCAGCAGCAGUGCCAAGAGGAACUACAACAGCAGCAGAAACAGCUGCAGCAGAAGCAACUGAACAGCAGCAGGAGCAGCAAGAGAAGCAGCAACUGCAGCAGCAGCAGCAGCAGCAACAAAGCAAGACCACCCUCCAUAUGCGUCUGCUCUAG